AUGAGCUAUUACGGCAGCAGCUAUAGGGUUGUAAACGUGGACUCCAGAUUCCCCAGCUACCCGCCAGAGCACGUUAUAGCUGAGAAGAGAAGAGCAAGAAGACGUCUGCUCCACAAAGAUGGCAGCUGUAAUGUGUACUUCAAGCACAUUUUCGGAGAAUGGGGGAGCUACGUGGUCGACAUCUUCACCACUCUUGUGGACACCAAGUGGCGCCAUAUGUUUGUGAUAUUUUCUUUAUCUUAUAUUCUCUCAUGGUUGAUAUUUGGCUCCAUCUUUUGGCUCAUAGCGUUUCAUCACGGAGAUCUGUUAAAUGAUCCGGACAUCACACCUUGUGUUGACAACGUCCAUUCUUUCACAGCGGCAUUUUUGUUCUCCCUUGAGACCCAAACCACCAUAGGGUACGGUUACCGUUGUGUCACUGAAGAAUGCUCUGUGGCAGUGCUCAUGGUGAUCCUUCAGUCCAUCUUAAGUUGCAUCAUAAAUACCUUCAUCAUUGGGGCCGCCUUGGCCAAAAUGGCAACUGCUCGGAAGAGAGCCCAAACCAUUCGUUUUAGCUAUUUUGCACUCAUAGGCAUGAGAGAUGGGAAGCUUUGCCUCAUGUGGCGCAUCGGUGAUUUCCGACCAAACCACGUGGUAGAGGGAACAGUUAGAGCCCAGCUUCUCCGCUACACAGAAGACAGUGAAGGGAGGAUGACAAUGGCAUUUAAAGACCUCAAAUUAGUCAAUGACCAGAUCAUCCUGGUCACACCAGUAACUAUCGUUCAUGAAAUUGACCAUGAGAGCCCUCUAUACGCCCUUGACCGCAAAGCAGUAGCCAAAGAUAACUUUGAGAUUUUGGUGACGUUCAUCUAUACUGGUGAUUCCACUGGGACAUCCCACCAAUCUAGAAGCUCCUACAUUCCCCGAGAAAUUCUCUGGGGCCAUAGGUUUCAUGAUGUCUUGGAAGUGAAGAGAAAGUAUUACAAAGUGAACUGCCUGCAGUUCGAGGGAAGUGUUGAAGUAUAUGCCCCCUUUUGUAGUGCCAAACAGUUGGACUGGAAAGAUCAGCAGCUGCACAACAUGGAAAAGCCUCCACCAGUUCGAGAAUCCUGCACAUCAGACUCCAAGGUCAGACGAAGAUCAUUUAGUGCAGUCGCCAUUGUCAGUAGCUGUGAAAACCCAGAGGAGAACACCACUUCUGCCACGGAUGAGUGUAAGGAAGCACCUUAUCAGAAAGCUUUCCUGACUUUAAAUAGAAUCUCUCUAGAAUCCCAAAUGUAG